CUUACACAUGCCGGAGCUUCUCUCUUCCAGGUCAGUUGGUUGAGUGAGACAACGUGGCAGCAUUGAAUUGGAGGGCUUUCGGGCGGUCAUGGUAGAUACCGGAGCACUUCAUGGACACAAGAAGCUACAUGUUACGCCUUAGCCUCGUCUCGACAACUCAGUCUUAUGCACCAGUCCUGCCACUCUAAGGAUGUCGUUGACACCCCUGUUCCUGUCACCAGCCCUGCCUUCAGAGCUCCUCGCCUAUGUCAUUUCAAAAUGCACCUACCCGACCACCCUCAUAGUUUGCUCUACGCGCGCCGACUUCCUCACCUCCCUCGCCGACGACGUGCGGCACCAAAUCCACCCCCUGGCUCCUAGCGGAACACCAGGGGAAGGCGAUGAUGGACCAUCGCUAGACCCCGUCGUCGCCCACGACUCACCCGGAUCCCACCUCCUAGCCUCCCCGCUCUUCCAGGUCGCCAUAGCGAAGCACAUUCGCGUAGUCUUCGUCCCCACCGUCUCCCACCUGCGCGUCUUCCUCUCGCCCCUCGGGGGCGGGAAGGUGGCCGCCCCGCCCCCGACGUCACGGUCGGCGCAACAGCCCCAACCCCGGAGCGCGCCGCUGCUCCUCGUGUUCGGCUUCCUGGCCCUGCACCGCGACACCAGCGAGUGGAGCGCCCAGGGCUUGAGCAACACGGCCGCCGCGCUCGUCGACGCCGCCGCCGAGGCGCAUCUGCGGGUCGUCGUCGUCGAGCCCGCGCGGGGGCGGCGGCGGGCCGGGGAUGACGGGUCGGGUGGAAGCGGCAUUAGCAACAGCCUGGAGUCCGCUGCCGUCCUUGGGGAGCUGAUUCCCGUGCUGAGCAGCAGCACGAGAAGGGCGGCGGCGCCGGACCUGGAGGAGGGUGGGUGGACUGGGCGGAUGGUGGAGGUGCGUCGGGUGCUGGGGAGGUGGUUCCGGUUUCGAGACGGGGAGCGGAGGCAUCCUUGGCAACCUGGUACGUGAGCUGCAUGGAGUCAGUUGCGGUGCAAGCUUUAGACUGCGAGGCUGGAGCUCGCGCUCCAAUCACUAGAUGUGCUCUAUCAUUGCAGUGGAAACAGCUGAUCAUGAAAACUUCUCAUUAUCCCAACCCGACAUGACACCAAACCAAACGCCUUGCCAAUGGUAUCCUACCCCAUCCCCGGGUCCUCCAAACCCAACCAAACGUAAGCUAAACCGUGACAGACAUACACCUGCAGUG